AUGAGAGUUUGGAAUGAGUGUGCAAGUGUGGCUGCGAUGGCUUCUACUCAGAGUGGGGUGGUGGUGGCAGAGCAGAGGAGGCAAAUGGUGGCGUUGGGCGCAGACGAGUUGGCAGACGCAGGGGAGCUGGAGUCGGUGACAGCUGGCGACGUGGGAUUGGCUGGUGGCGCAGGAGGGGGCAUCGGGCUGGCGGGCGGCGUAGGGGCAGCAGGGCAGGUGGCAUUGUCGUUGCAGAAGAUGCCGGGGGUGCCGUACCUGGUGUGGUUGGGGGAGCGGGAGUGGAGGGUUGUGAGCCGUGCCAUCACUGCAUGGCAUGGUAACCAGCCACAGCGGUUCAAGGAGGGCAUUGAGGAUGAUAAGGAUGAUGGGGAUAAAGAGGAUGAUGGGGAUAAAGAGGAUGAUGAGGAUGAUGGGGAUGAUGGGGAUAAAGAGAAUGAUGAGGAUGAUGAGGAUGAUGAGGAUGAUGGGGAUGAUGAGGAUGAUGAGGAUGAUGGGGAUGAUGGGGAUGAUGAGGAUGAUGGGGAUGAUGGGGAUGAUGAGGAUGAUGGGGAUGAUGGGGAUGAUGAGGAUGAUGGGGAUGAUGGGGAUGAUGAGGAUGAUGGGGAUGAUGGGGAUGAUGAGGAUGAAGAGGAUGAUGGGGAUGACGGGGAUCAUGGGGAUGAUGGGGAUGAUUAG